UCCUAAACAUGCAUAUUUGCUAUUCUUCCUUAACAGCUGUGGAAAGCCAGUGUCUGCUAAAUGAUGAUUGUAUGCAAACAAGUGGAAGUUAGAGAACUAUGUCCUGAAGAUGGAUUCUUUUAAGCCAACUUUGCCACUUUUCAGCCUGCCAAUAAGGUUACCACAGAAGACCCUUGAUGAAAAAGAUGAAGGUAGUGAUGCUAGUUUGAGUGAUAGCCACGUAUCUCCUCCCGCCAAACGUACCUCAAAACAUGCUGAUCCUGUGUGCAAAGACAAAUCAAAAUCACGCAGUACUGGGCAGCGAGAGGAAUGGAGCAUCUCAACUGGACAGUCCAGGUUAACUUCUCAGCCUGGUGCUACACUACCAAAUGGACGUAGCUUAUCUCUCAAAAGCCAUCCCCUUCGAGGGGAAAAAAAGGGAGAUGGGGACCAUGCUUGCAUAAACGGAGAUAUAGAAGUCAGAAAAAGUUGUCGGUCCCGGAAAAACAGAUUUGAAACUUUGAAUCAGAGUUUAUUGUUUGAUCAGCUAGUAAACAGUACUGCUGAAGCUGUCCUACAGGAAAUGGAUAAUAUUAACAUCAGGAGAAAUAGGCGGUCUGGUGAAGUAGAGCGGCUGCGAAUGUGGACAGAUACAGAGUUUGAAAACAUGGACAUGUAUUCUCGAGUGAAAAGGAGAAGGAAAUCACUGAGGAGAAAUAGCUAUGGUAUUCAGAACCACCAUGAAGUGUCCACAGAGGGGGAAGAAGAAGAAUCUCAGGAGGAAGAUGGAGAUAUAGAAGUAGAAGAAGCCGAGGGAGAAGAAAAUGAUCGACCUUAUAAUCUAAGACAGAGAAAAACUGUGGAACGAUAUCAGGCCCCUCCAAUAGUGCCAGCUCAUCAAAAAAAGAGGGAGAAUACACUGUUUGAUAUUCACAGAUCUCCUGCAAGAAGAAGCCAUAUCAGGAGAAAGAAACAUGCCAUUCACAGCAGUGAUACAACUUCUUCAGAUGAAGAACGUUUUGAAAGAAGAAAGUCUAAGAGCAUGGCCAGAGCAAGAAAUAGGUGCCUACCUUUAAAUUUUAGAGCAGAAGACUUAGCUAGUGGAAUCCUGCGAGAACGUGUAAAAGUUGGGGCGAGUUUGGCUGAUGUUGACCCUAUGAUUGUUGACAAAUCGGUGCGUUUUGAUAGUAUAGGGGGAUUGAGCCAUCAUAUCCUUGCACUUAAGGAAAUGGUAGUGUUUCCACUUCUCUAUCCAGAAAUAUUUGAAAGAUUCAAAAUUCAGCCACCAAGGGGCUGUUUAUUCUAUGGUCCUCCUGGAACAGGUAAAACCUUGGUAGCUAGAGCUCUAGCUAAUGAAUGCAGUCAAGGAGACAAAAAGGUGGCUUUCUUUAUGAGGAAAGGAGCAGACUGUCUCAGUAAGUGGGUUGGUGAAUCUGAACGUCAACUUCGACUCCUUUUUGAUCAGGCAUACUUGAUGAGACCCUCUAUAAUCUUCUUUGAUGAAAUAGAUGGCUUGGCCCCUGUUCGUUCUAGUAGGCAAGAUCAGAUUCACAGCUCUAUAGUGUCUACUCUCCUUGCGCUCAUGGAUGGACUGGAUAAUAGAGGUGAAAUAGUUGUAAUUGGUGCUACAAACAGACUGGAUUCUAUCGAUCCUGCACUCAGGAGACCUGGUCGUUUUGACAGGGAAUUUCUUUUCAACCUGCCUGAUCAAAAGGCACGAAAGCACAUUUUACAAAUUCAUACCAGGGAUUGGAACCCCAAAUUGUCAGAUCCUUUCUUAGGAGAACUGGCUGAAAAAUGUGUUGGGUACUGUGGAGCUGACAUAAAAGCACUUUGCACUGAGGCUGCCUUGAUCGCCCUGAGACGACGCUAUCCCCAGAUUUAUGUGAGCAGUCAAAAACUACAGCUUGAUGUUUCUUCAGUAGUUCUCAGCGCACAAGAUUUUUAUCAUGCAAUGCAGAACAUUGUGCCUGCUUCCCAACGUGCCGUGACAUCUUCAGGACAUGCGUUAUCUCCUGUGAUCAGACCGUUGUUGGAACGUACCUUCAGUGACCUUCUUCAGGUUUUACACAAGGUGUUUCCCCAUGCUGAGUUUAGCCAGAGUGACAAAAGUGAAGAUGUACCGAGUCUAAUAUUAGAUGAUAGUGAAGAUGAGAAUGCUUCGUCAAUUUUUGAGACAAGCUGUCACUCAGGAUCACCAAAGAAACAGACGUCAGCUGCUAUACAUAAACCCUACCUUCAUUUUACAAUGUCAGCUUACCACCAGCCAACCUCUUACAGACCGAGAUUACUGCUAUCUGGAGAGAGAGGUUCGGGUCAGACUUCGCACCUUGCUCCAGCACUAUUGCACACACUUGAAAAAUUCUCUGUACACAGGCUAGAUCUGCCAGCACUUUAUUCAGUCAGUGCCAAAACGCCUGAAGAAUCGUGUGCACAGAUCUUUCGUGAAGCUCGAAGAACAGUACCAAGUAUUGUUUACAUGCCUCAUAUUGGUGAUUGGUGGGAAGCUGUCAGUGAAACUGUGAGAGCUACUUUUCUAACUUUGCUGCAAGAUAUACCAUCUUUCUCUCCUAUAUUUCUACUGUCUACCUCUGAGUCCAUGUACAGUGAAUUGCCUGAAGAGGUGAAAUGUAUCUUCAGAAUCCAGUAUGAAGAGGUUUUUUAUAUUCAAAGACCAAGUGAAGAAGACAGACUUCGAUUUUUCAAAGGGUUAAUUCUUGAUGAGGCAGCAAUGCCCCCACCAAGAAGGAAACAGGCUGCUCUUCGUGCUAUGGAGGUUCUUCCUCUUGCACUGCCAUGUCCUGCCCGUGAGCUGUCAGAAACAGAAAAGCAACGAAUGGAGGACCAGGAAGAGAACACAUUGAGAGAGCUACGGUUGUUUCUCAGGGAUGUUACCAAGAGGCUGGCCACAGACAAACGCUUUAACAUCUUCAGCAAACCGGUGGAUAUUGAAGAGGUUUCAGAUUACCUUGAAGUUAUCAAAGAGCCAAUGGACCUGUCAACAGUAAUAACCAAAAUUGAUAAACACAACUAUUUAACUGCCAAGGACUUCCUAACAGAUAUUGAUUUGAUCUGCAGCAAUGCAUUGGAGUAUAAUCCAGACAAAGAUCCUGGAGAUAAAAUAAUUAGACAUAGAGCUUGUACUUUGAAGGACACUGCUCAUGCUAUAAUUGCUGCUGAACUGGAUCCAGAAUUUAAUAAAAUGUGUGAAGAAAUCAAGGAAGCAAGAAGAAAAAGAGGCUUAUCGGUACCAGCAGAACAAAUAAAUCCUCAUGGUUCCACUGUACGGAAAACAGAAGCUAGAGUCGAAGAGGCGUUUCGGAACAAGCAAAAACCCACAAUGGCGGUCUGGCCCAACUCUGCAAAUAAAUGUGCAUUUCGAAUAAGGAGAAAAUCAAGACGGCGCUCCCAGUGGGGCAAAGGAAUUAUUAAAAAGAGGAAAGUCAAUAAUUUGAAGAAAGAUGAAGAUGAUGCAAAGUUUGCUGAUGAUGAAAAUCACGGAGAGGACAGUAAAUUGCUGGAAAAUGGAGAGCUAGAGAUCAGCACUGAUUGCAUUGAGGAGAAUGGGGAGGAAACAGGUGAUCUCUCCAUGACAAAUGAUGAAUCCUCUUGUGAUAUUAUGGAUAUAGAUGCAGAGCAGAGGCUUAACAAUGGGACAUCAGGAAAGGAAAACAAUUUUGCUUCCACAGAAGAAGAGAGCUCAAAUGAAUCUCUGUUAAUAACCGACAGUGUUACUCUGAAUGCUGAAAAGGAAUUAAGGAAGGACCCUGCAUCAAAAGGGGGCUGUGUAAAUGGAGAGACAUCUAUGCACAGUGUAGAAGGUAUACCUGUUCCAGCAUGUCACAACGGUAAAAUGGAAUCAAUUGAUGUUGUUUCACCCUGUGACAACAGUGAUGGAUCUAGUAACAAGCAAAAAGCUUCAACUGAAGAUCAGCCAAAGGAGAAAUCAGACGCUUCCAGCGAAAGUCAAGGAGCUGAUUUGGUGAAAGCUGAGGUACCACACUGCAGCAAUAAUGAAAAAACACUACAGAGCACAGACGUUGAGACUAAAGAUGCGGAACCCGAUAAAGAAGGUAUAUCCAAAAGUAAGAAAACUCGAAAAGUCACUAUGGAACAGUCAAAAGCUACAAAUUUGGAGCAGGUCCCAGAGGAACCAUCAGAUCCCGUACCCUCUGUAGUUGUUGACCAUGACAGAUUAAAGAAACUACUUGACUUGGUAGUUAAGAAAAGCGACAACCUGACUGUUGACCAACUUGAGAGAUUGUAUUCACUCCUCAGUCAAUGCAUCUACAGACAUCGUAGAGAUUAUGACAAAUCACCACUUAUAGAGGAGAUGGAAAGAACAGUUCAUGUGUUUGAAACAUUCCUGUGAACUCGUCAAGAUGGGUGGGUUUAUCCUCUCUUAAACUGCUCGUGGGAGAGCAGUCCUCUGAGCCAUUCAGUUUCCAUUUGCACCAAGUAUGUGCAGAGCCUUGGUCUUAAGUGCUCUCUCUUUUUCUUUCUGUUGAAUUUGGUGCUAUUGUCUCAGGUACCUGAAACCAACCAGCCUACAAGAACCAAACGGAACUUCAUAUAGUUGUAUCUGAUAUAAAUAAAGAAUACAAUGCCACAGCUUGGAGAUUUUUGGUGCUACAGAAACUGUUCUCAUUUCUGCUCUUGUUCACUCUACAUGUGUUAUCUUUUGGGAAACUUCAGGCAAAGUGGAGACCAACACAAGAGAACUGGAAAGAGCAGAUAUAAGUUGAAUAUUUUUAAACAGGCAACUUUUUAAAUUUUUUUUUUUCAAUUUUUCUCUUCUCUGGGGUAAUGGACAAAAAAUCUGUUCUAAAGAUGGCAGCGAUGCAUUGUGGUAGGAAUCUUGAGUAACUGGAUGUACAGUAAUUUGAAGAUGAGGCUCUCUAGAACUGCCUUUAAUGUGCCUUUUAGUCGAUUGAGAAAGAUAAGGCUAAUCAGUUGGUUUGGAUUCUAGCAAAUGGCAAUGUUAGAAAGCUGUCUUCAGAAUGAAGAUCUCCGAAAGAAUGAUUUGUAUUCUCUUCAUUGGAUAGCAACCGGUAUUAUGGUUAUAUAAUGCCUAUCUUACUCUACAGAACUAAACUAAGACACACUGAAAAAGCCACAUACUUUACCAAAAUGGUGAAAUUCCUUUAUUUCAUUGGUAUGUAUUUGUUUUAGAAGUAAGUUACACAGUGAAACUCUUCUGUUUUGCUAAAAAUGAAGCGUUUUCCCAUCACUCGAUUUGUUGUCAAUUUUGAGUUCUUUGGAGGAAAAAAAAAAAGUUUAUUACUGGCAGGUUUCUUUCUGAAGUUCUGUGUUUAUAAUGUAGCUUGGACUGUGCAAUGCAGGUAGGAAGACGCUAUAAUUGGUCAAAAUCCUGGAGCCCAAGCUCACUUGAAAAUACGACCUGGACUGAGUUGUGAAGUCUAGUUUAUGCAAAGCAUUACUAAUGUGAGGGGGGUUGGAAGACAGACUUUUGAACUGAUCUGUUCAGACCACAGGUCUCUGGUUCUGAAUUGUGUAGUUUCAAAUCUUUCCCUUUGGGAAAUUGGAGAGAACACAGUCUAGGCAGUUUCAAGAAAAAAAAAAAAAAA